AUUUCCAUUCGGAUUUUAACAAAACUUAUAAACACUAGAGGAUUUCGAAUGUGCUAGCACUUCCGCUGAUUUCCAAACACGAGGUUUAGAAAAUGUAAAACACAUCAAUAACAUUUUCAACCAACAAAAAAAAUGCCUAAUAAAAAGAAGAAAUUCAUAGAUAAGAAAAAUGCUGUGACCUUUCACCUUGUCCACAGAAGUCAGAGAGAUCCAUUGCAAGCAAGUGAAGAUGCCUCUUUGGGAGUCCUGUUAUCGACCAAUGAUAAAGUUAAGAAAGAGAAACAGAAAGAAGACCAGGUGAAGUAUGGUAUACUUUUUGAAGAUGAGUAUAAUUACUUACAACAUUUGAAGGAUACCAACGAAGUAUAUGAACUUGAACCUGUUGUUGAUAAAUUCAGACUCUCAUCAAAAGUACCAGAGCAGAAAGCCAGAAUACAGCUGCCAUCUUCUGUAUUCCCAACAGAAGUAGAAACUGAAGUAGGAUUAUUAAACAAGGCAGUAACUAUAACAGGUCCACAGCCUAAUUGGGAUCCCGAUAUUGUUGAGGCAUUGGAUGAUGAUUUUGAUAUGAAGGAUCCAGACAAUAUUUUAGAUGAUGACUUUAUGUUGAAGGCUAAUGCUCCUGUUGAUGGUACAGAGUUUAAUGACCAGGACUCUGGUGAAGAUGAAGAGUUUGGAUCUGACUUUGGUUCAGAUGAUUUCUCCGAUAAUGAAGAUGGACACAUGUUUAUGGAUGAAGAAACCAAGACACAAUUUACUAAUUAUUCUAUAUCCUCCUCUGUUAUGAGAAGAAAUGAAGGCCUUACCCUUCUAGAUGAUCGAUUUGAAAAGUUAUAUGAGCAGUAUGAGGAUACUGAGAUCGGUGCUUUAGAUCAUGAAGACAUUGAUGGUUGUAAAGACAGUAAAGUAUUAGAUUCCAUCCUAGAGGAGUUUGAAAAAGAGCAGGAGGAAAAAAAAUUCACUGAGAUUGAGAAUUGUAAUGAUGAUGUUGAUGUUGAAUCAGGAGAUGACUGUGAUAUUGUAGAAAUGAUCAUCCAAGCACCUAAAGAAAAAUGGGAUUGUGAAUCAAUUUUAAGUACAUAUUCUAAUUUAUAUAAUCAUCCAAAGUUGAUAACAGAACCACACACAAAAAAGAAGAUACAACUAACAUCAAAAUUACAGAUUCCCAAAGAUUCAUUUGAAAAGCCAGGAAUGACAAGAAAACAGCUGGAAAAAGAACUUCAUGAGAAUUUGAAAGCUGAUUGUGCAAGUACAUAUAGACCUAAAGAUGAAUCACUUGAAGAAAAACGAUCUAGGAAACAAGCAGUCAAAGAAGAAAGAAAGGAAAGAAGACAGGAAAAGAAACAGAAUAAAGAAAUGUUUAAAUCAGAGAUGAAAAGACAAGAAAAAGAAGUGUUAAAUCUUCAGAACAAUCUACAAGGCAUGAAAUUGUGAUUCAGAACAACAAUGAUACUGAUUUAUUGACAUGCUUUCGACUGAUAAUUAAUGAAAAAAAAGUACUUAGAAGUAGACAAGCUUGUCAUAUGCUUGUGCUCUCCGUUUCAUUAGAGAGAAAGGGUUAUAUAUAUUCAUUAAAUAUGAAAAAAAUGCUGAAUUAAAAGCCUAGAUGAUAAAGGUUGGCAUGCUCAACAAGGAAUGCUAAUUGAAGAUGUUUUGUUUAAAAUGGCUCACAGUAAUUUGAAUUGUCAGUUGUUGAUCAAAUGAAUUUACAUAUAUUAUGCAGAUUUUAGUACUUCUAACAUUGUCCAGAAUCAACACACAUCCAAAAUAUAUGUUGUUUCAAAGACCACCAUGUCAUUUACAGGUAUUCAAUCCUUUAAUGAAGGAUUAUACAAAUUAUUUAUCAUGGAAAGAAUCCUGGUUUUAAAAUGAAAAGGAUAAAUUUCCUGUUUCUUUAAAAAUUCUGUUCAAUAUGCAACUGAAAUGACUUCUGUAAAUAUGUGUUGGAAAUUCUCUUGAUUUUCUGUUGUUUUGAGUAAGAAAGAGUACUUGAUCAUUGUUUGUACAUGUGCCACCAAUUCAGCCUCAACUUUGCACAUUACAUUUUUGCUAACUAUUAUAUUGGUCUACCUUUGGAGUGGAACAGUAUCACUAUUAAGUAAAUGAAAUAGAAAUGUUCAAAUUUUUCUUUAAAAUUCAAAAUGUAAUAAGAUGAUUGUUACCUUUAUUAACAACAUAUAUCUAGAUGUUUAUUUUUUUGAAUGUUUACCUCUUUUCCUUAAAAGUAUAAUGACAUU